AUGGAUAUCCCGUCCACUGAACUCCCCAAGCCUCCAGUCCCAUAUUUGAAGGGCUGGAGAUUUACUGUCCAAUCAUACAUUCCUCCUCCUCCAACACCAGUGACUCGCGGUUGUUGCCGUAACUUUAAAGCUGGGAGAGAGGAAAGGAGCCAGCUUAGUCCUAUUGAGCGAUGUCUGCGAAACCCUCCUUUAUCAGGCAAGAUUGGAUCAGAUACUCUCCAAUUGCAAGUUAUCGAUCAAUUAAGAGUUGGAGAUGGAUCAAAUGCUCAGGUCUUUACGGUCCAAGUUGUCACAUCAACGCCUGGCUUGGCUUUGCCAGAUCAAAAAAUGGUGGCCAAAGUGUACGACCCUCUUUAUUUCAAUGAUGAAGAGGGCUAUGCAAACCCCUUUCUUUGCACCAAUGAACACUAUACGCAUGAAGUGGCCGCAUACAAACUUCUCACCGACCUGCAAGGAGAGUCUAUCCCUCGAUUCUAUGGAUCCUAUUCCCUGGAUAUUCCUGUUGAAGAUAUCCCUGUUGAUGGGUUGGGGUCGCGCACCGUUCGCCUCAUCCUGGUGGAACAUAUCCCAGGCAUCACAAUGCGCGACGCCGACCCGAAAGACUUCUCUCAAACUGCCCGUCAGGAGCUCAUGAAGUCAAUCAUUGACUUUGACACUCUCAUAUUCCAUCAAGCGGACAUUGUCAACCGAGACAACAGUCCUCGGAAUGUGAUUAUGCAUCCUGAUGGAAGGCUUAUCCACAUUGACUUUGCCAACACGUCAUUUAACCGUGGGAGAGAUCCUAAUCGGUCCUACAAAACACCCGGCUUUUUCGGACAAUACAUCUCGCCUCUUCUGCGAUGGACUGAUAAGACCCUAGCAUGGGACUUUCUCGACUGGAUUGACUGGGACUGGACGCUCUGGGUCGAGGCUGAGUAUGCCCAUACAGCUGAUACAAUCACCCCUGAAAUGCGCCAGCGAAUGUGGUAA